CCGGCCCAGGAGGAGUUUGGGUGGAGCCGAUUGUGUAAGCUUUAGAGCAGAGGGGGCGGGGGGACUGCCACUAGCAACUAACCUCAGCUUCCCUAACUCAGCAGAAAGGUCGAAGGCAUUGUUGGAGAGGCCAGGAGGUCCAAGGUUCUGUCUGCCCGCCAAAGAGGGACAAAAACCCAAGUAGUGCGGUGCAGCUUUAAAGGGGCUGGUGAUUGACAGAAAGUGUAGCAGUGCAUGGGGUGGAGCCGUUGGGUGGGGUCUGGGACGGGCAGCUGGGAGAAGAAACCACAAGGAAGCAAAAAGAAAACCAUUGCCCCAGAUAUCGCUAAUGCCGGGUGGGGGAAGCUAGCCAGAAAGGGAGGAAAAGGAGGGUUUUAGAGCUCAUCUCCACUCCCACCCCCGGUCAACUUUCGUAAACCCUCGUCUCCGUUUGAGGUAAUUUAAAAUCGAGUAUACACUGGCCCUAGUCGGUGCCCAUUGCCGCUAACUCUCCACUGAACUAGGUUUGUAGUACGAGGGAGUGAGGACCCCGGCUCCACCAGCUCAACCCCGGCCCCGCCCCGUCGGCCCUGGCCCUGGGCUGAGAGGAGAGGAUGCCUCCGGAGGCGCAGAAUCCGAAAAUAUGGAUCAACCCAUAAACAACUUGGAGGUCCAACUAAAUUCAGAGAGUGGCUCAAUGCAUGUGUUCAAACAGGUCACUGGCCCUGUUCAGAUCAGAGAUCCCUUUAAGACAGCAGACAGAGGUAAUAUGACAUCCCUACCACUCCUGGAUGCUAACCCCAUGGAGAACCCAGCACUGUUUAAUGACAUCAAGAUUGAGCCCCCAGAAGAACUUCUGGCUAAUGAUUUCAACCUGCCCCAGGUGGAACCAGUCGACCUCUCCUUUCACAAGCCCAAGGCUCCUCUCCAGCCUGCCAGCAUGCUGCAAGCUCCAGUACAUUCUCCUAGGCCACAGCCUGCUCCCCAGGCCCUUGUAGUGUCCACUUCAACAUCUGGCACAGGCACUUCAGCAAACAUCCCUACCGUUCUGACUCCAGGCUCUAUUCUGGCUUCCUCCCAGGGCACUGGUGGCCAGCAGAUCUUACAUGUGAUUCACACCAUCCCCUCAGUCAAUCUGCCAAAUAAGAUGGGUGGCCUGAAGACUAUCCCAGUGGUGGUGCAGUCUCUGCCAAUGGUGUAUACUACUUUGCCUACAGAUGGGGGCCCUGCAGCCAUUACAGUCCCACUUAUUGGAGGAGAUGGGAAAAAUGCUGGAUCAGUGAAAAUUGACCCCACCUCCAUGUCUCCACUGGAGAUCCCAAGUGACAGUGAGGAGAGUGCAAUUGAGAGUGGAACCUCAGCCUUGCAGGUGAUUCAAGGACUACAGCAAGAACCAGCAACAAUGACACAAAUGCAGGGAGAAGAACCCCUUGACUUCAAAAGAAGACGGAUUCACCAAUGUGAUUUUGCAGGAUGCAGCAAAGUGUAUACCAAAAGUUCUCACCUGAAAGCCCACCGCAGAAUCCAUACAGGAGAGAAGCCUUAUAAAUGCACCUGGGAUGGCUGCUCCUGGAAAUUUGCUCGCUCAGAUGAGCUCACCCGCCAUUUCCGCAAGCACACAGGCAUCAAGCCCUUCAGGUGCACAGACUGCAACCGUAGCUUUUCUCGCUCUGACCACCUCUCCCUGCACCGCCGGCGCCAUGACACCAUGUGAGCAGCACAGACCGCACUAGAAGAGCUGCCCUGGUAUUUUUCCUGUUUGUGUGCUGAGAUCAUGCCCAUCUUUUCCUGUUUGACUUCAACUUGCCUCUAGGAUGGGGUUGGAGCAGCUCACUGAGCCAGGUUGAUGAGACUAGAGAAGAAGAUCGCUGGUCUCCUAUGGUGGUUCCUCAUAUUCCAUCUUCACCUCUCCACUGUCCAGUACCCAAUUUUUUCAACCUCGGCAUG